AUGGAUCCUGAGGUCUCUGCCGUCCGGCUCACCGUCUGGGAGGCUGUUCACAUCGUUUCAUCUUCUGAGGAUGGGGGCCGCAUCUUCUGUACCCUGGGGUCCCUGAAGCGCUAUCUUGGUGAAACGGAGAAUCCAGCCCUCCCUGAGGAGCAGGAGGAGUUUGCCAGGAUACACUUUUCCACCUUUCUCAGAUGUCUGGUCGGCAAGCUGAGCCCCGACUGGCUGGAGCUGCUGCCUGACGGCCAAAUGGAGGAGCUGUGGGCCAGCUUCUUCCUGGAGGGCCCGGCUGACCAAGCCUUCCUGGUGCUGAUGGAGUCCAUCGAGGGUGCUGCCAGCCCCAGCUUCUGUCUGAUGAAGACGGCGCAGCUGCUGGCCAGGUUCCUGAGCGUGGGCAGGAUGGCCGCUGUGAUGGAGGGGCAGUGUCGGCAGCAGGCAGGGCCAGCCUUCCCCCUGCUCCAGGACACGCUUCUCACCAAGGUGGUGGGCCUGCCUGAUCGCCUGGGCAGCCGCCUGCAGCGGGAGAACCUGCCUACGUUCUUGCCUCAGAGCUACUUCCCUCUACUGGGCGAGGACAUCCUGCGGGCGCUGCAGGUGGUCGUGGACUCUCUCCGAGGUGGCCUGGACUGCUCCGUCUCCUUCCUGUCUCAGGUCCUGGGGAAAGCCUGCGUCCGUGGGAGACAGAAGGAGGUCCUGGGCGUGCUUGUGCCCCGGCUGACGGUGCUCACCCAGGGCAGCUGCCUCUGGCAGCGGGUCUGCUGGUGUCUGGUGGAGCGCGUGCCCGACUGGGCCAUGGAGGCCGUGCUGAAGGGGUUCGUGGAAGCCGCCCCAGGGCCUGAAGUCCUCUCACGGCUGCUGGGGAACGUGGUGACAAAGAGUAAGAAGGCCCAGUUUGUAAUGACCCGGAAGCUGCUGUUCCUACAGUACAGCUGCACGAUGCCCAUGCUGCAGAGCCUGCUGGGCUACCUGGCCAUGGACAGCCAGCGGCGCUCACUCCUCAUGCAGGCGCUGAAGGAGCUCCUGGAGACGUGGGGCAGCAGCAGUGCCAUCCGCCACGUGCCCCUGGUGCAGCAGCGCUACAUCAGCAAGGCCAUCCUCAUCUGCCUGGCGCACCUGGGGGAGGCGGAGCUCCGGGACAGCCGGCAUGAGUUGUUGGCCAGCCUGAUGGAGGGAGUGAAGAGCCGCCUGGACAGCAGCCUGACCCCCGUGCGCCGCUUGGGCAUGAUCGUGGCUGAGGUGGCCAGCGCCCGGAUCCACCCCGAGGGGCCUCCCCUGAAGUUCCAGUAUGAAGAGGAUGAGCUGACCCGCGAGAUGCUGGCUUUGGCCAUGCCCCGGCCCACGGCUGACGACCCCUCGGAGGCGGGCCCGUCUUUUGCUCCGGUCAGUGGAGAGACUCCUGACAGAGAGACUGUGGACCGCAGCGGACCCCAGGCUGGGCCUGAGGGCUCCGACUCUGAGCUGGACAGCGAUGAUGAGUUUGUCCCGUACGACAUGUCGGUAGACAGGGAGCAGAGAAGCAGCAAGGCGCCCUCGUAUGUGCGGGGCUGUUUGGAAGCUCUGACCGGGUCCGAGGACUGGGAGCGCUGGGAGGCGGCCCUGUGGGCCCUCGAGGGGCUGAUCUUCAGGAGCCCAGCUGCCACUCAGGAGGUGAGCGUGGAGCUGGCCAAGGUGCUGCUGCACCUGGAGGAGAAGACAGCCGUGGCGGGGUUCGAGGGGCUUCGCCAGAGGGCCCUGGUGGCCGUCACAGUCACAGACCCAGCUCGGGUGGCGGAGUACCUGACCACACAGUUCUACGCCCUCAACUACAGCCUCCGGCAGCGCAUGGACAUUCUGGACGUCCUGACUCUGGCCGCCCAGGAGCUGUCUCGGCCGGGGCGCCUUGGGAGGGCUCCCCAGCGGGGCUCCCCAGACCCCGGCUCCCAGCCUGGUGGUGCUGUGGUCCCGGCCUGGCGGGUGGUGGUGGAGGAGCGCGUCAGACGCAAGACCCGGCGGUUUUCCAAGGGCUCUGCGGGGCGGGCACCAGCCGUUGGCCCCAACGAAUUCAACUCGGUGGCUGGCUACUUCUUCUUCCCCCUCCUUCAACACUUUGACAGGCCUCUAGUGACUUUUGACCUUUUGGGAGAUGACCAGUUGGUUCUUGGGAGACUGGCCCACACCUUAGGGGCCCUGAUGUACCUGGCUGUGAACACCACGGUGGCUGUGCCCAUGGGCAAGGCCCUGCUGGAGUUCGUGUGGGCCCUUCGUUUCCAUGGUGACGCCUAUGUGCGCCAGGGCUUGCUGUCUGCUGUCUCCGCCGUCCUCCUCAGCGUUCCGGCUGAGCGGCUGCUGGCAGACCUGCUGGACGAGCUGCUGGAGGCCCGGUCCUGGCUGGGAGACGUGGCCGAGGAGGACCCAGACGAGGACUGCAGGCUGCUGGCAGUGAAGGCACUACUGCUUCUGGAGAAGCUCCGAGAUAAGCUCCUCCCACUCUCCUCUCCUUAG